AACACUUGGGUUACAAAAAUCAUGUGACACUAUAAAAUCUCCUUACAACUCCAGCUCAGCGGGUCACCAGCCUAAACCCGACACGUUCUCUCAAAAACAGCCAUUUCUUUUUUCCCAAAGCAACCAUACAAAUACUAAGAAAUCCAAAAUUCCAGUUGCCUACUUCUGUAGAGGUAUUCUCACCGUUAUUCGGUUUUCAUUUACUGCCUAAACCCACCACCUAGGCCCCCCUUGUAAAACCCACUUGCUGCUGCUGCUGCAGCUGCAGCUGCAGAUCUUUUCAUUUUUUGUCACUACUUAGCAUAGAUCUUUCUAGUUUUCUGAACAGAAAGAGGUAAUGAAGAUUCAGUGUAACGUUUGUGAGGUUGCGGAGGCGAACGUCUUGUGCUGCGCCGACGAGGCGGCGCUCUGCUGGUCCUGUGAUGAGAAGGUUCACGCUGCUAAUAAGCUGGCUAGUAAGCACCAGAGAGUUCCUCUCUCUGGCUCUUCUUCUUCCAUGCCUAAAUGUGACAUCUGCCAGGAAUCAGUUGGCUAUUUCUUUUGUCUCGAGGAUCGGGCUUUACUUUGCCGAAAAUGUGAUAUUGCUAUUCACACAGCUAAUCCUCAUGUCUCAGCUCACCAAAGAUUUUUGCUGACUGGAGUGAAAGUAGGACUUGAACCCGUUGAUCCUGGUGGUGCAUCAUCCUCAGGGACGUCGCAGUCCAUUCAGAAGGUUUCAGAGCCAGAGUCUGCUUCACUUUCUAAACGAAAUGCCCCAAUAUCGUUGGAUGCUCAAUUUGACAAAGUAUUACCUCCCCAGGCAAGUGCUGUUGGGGAGUUUGCUCCUAGUAGGUCUCCAUUUGCUGGAGGUUCUGCAGCUGGAAGUAUUCCGCAAUGGCAGUUUGAUGAAUAUAUUGGCCUGAACGAUUUCAAUCAGAAUUAUGGAUACAUGGAUGAUGGAUCAUCCAGGGCGGAUAAUGGGAAACUUGGAGAGUCAGACUGUUCGUCUAUCUUGAGAUUUGAAGAUGAAGAACUAGACGGUGAGGAGUGCUUGGGUCAGGUUCCAGACACAUCUUGGGCAGUGCCACAAGUACCUUCCCCACCUACGGCCUCUGGACUUUACUGGCCCAAAACUUACCAGAAUCCAUUUGAUUGCUCAAUGUUUGUGCCUGACGUUAGUUACUCCCCUUCACAUAACCUUCAACAGCGACCUCCAAAUGGUACUAGUCUGAAACGAAGAAGGCAGUGUUAAUGCAAUUUCCCCAGGCUUUUUCACUCGCAUUAGUGAUAGGUGUUUCAGAUCCCUAAGCUUUUCACUCACGUUAGUGAUAGGUGUUUAGAUAGAGUGAUUUGUGGUAGUUGAAGUUAUUUGAGCAAUGACUAAUGCGUGGUUCUCCUUUGUAAGUAAUCUGCCUUGUUUGCUGCAGUUACAUAGAACUCACAUUAAUGUCAAAAGCAUAUUAGCUCUACUCCAA